AACCCGGGAGGUGCUCGGAUGCUCCUUGUCUGGCCAGUCAUUCUCUCUCGCGGCGCGCUCAACUGGGGUGUUUUGGAGGUCGCGAGCGGACACUGUUCCACCGCCCGCUAAGGAAAAGUGAAGCGAAGGAAGGCGCUUGGCCGCCGCGUGAGGCAAGCAGCAGGCGGGAGGGGGAAGCGGGCAAGGCUGAGGGAAGCGAAGAGUUAAAGAACUUUGUUUCUUCGGUUCAGACGGCGCCUGGUCAGGCUCUCGCGGGAGCCGCCUGCUUCUCCUUCCCCCUCCACCAGGAGGCAGCCGCCGCUCGACGGCCGGCAGAAGCAGGGCUGACCGAAACGCGGGCUUGCCUGAGCCUCCCUCCUGCUGCAGCUCGCCUCCAUCCGUCUGGCGGACAACGCAGACAAUGCUGCGGGCGACUGGCCUCCUGCCUCUCGCCCGGUCCUAGCCCGGGAGUCGCUUGGUAUUCCAGCCUCCGUCCGCCUGCGCUUCCGCCCGUUUGGUCUCGGUUGCGGAUCCUGGGCGAGAUGGUGCCGGCCCCGGGAUUAGCCUAAAGUCCUUUUGAAGGCCACCUUGGCAGCGCGGCCGCUGGCAGGCAGAGCCGGCGCAGUCCCAAGAGGAGGUCUCUGUGCCGGGCGGCAGCGGGCGCCGGAGUUUCUCGCUUCGCAAGAGAAUGUCAACCCCAAGCAGAUUCAAAAAGGACAAAGAGAUUGUAGCCGAGUAUGAAAGUCAAGUGAAAGAGAUUCGAGCUCAGCUGAUAGAGCAACAGAAAUGUUUGGAACAGCAGACUGAGAUGAGGGUGCAGCUUCUUCAAGACCUACAGGAUUUCUUCCGUAAAAAAGCAGAAAUAGAGACUGAAUACUCUCGGAAUCUAGAAAAAUUAGCUGAAAGAUUCAUGGCAAAAACAAGAAGCACCAAGGACCAUCAGCAAUACAAGAAAGAUCAGAAUCUGCUAUCACCAGUAAACUGUUGGUAUUUGCUCCUCAACCAAGUGAGACGAGAAAGUAAAGACCAUGCAACUUUGAGUGAUAUCUACCUGAACAACGUCAUCAUGCGCUUUAUGCAGAUAAGUGAAGAUUCCACCAGGAUGUUCAAGAAGAGCAAAGACAUUGCAUUUCAGCUUCAUGAGGAUUUAAUGAGGGUUCUUAAUGAGCUUUAUACGGUCAUGAAAACAUACCACAUGUAUCAUACAGAGAGCAUCAGUGCAGAAAGUAAACUAAAGGAGGCUGAAAAGCAAGAAGAAAAACAAAUUGGAAGAUCAGGAGAUCCUGUUUUCCAUAUUCGCCUUGAGGAAAGACAUCAGAGGCGGAGUUCUGUGAAGAAAAUUGAAAAAAUGAGGGAAAAACGUCAAGCAAAAUAUUCUGAAAACAAGCUGAAAUCCAUUAAAGCCAGGAAUGAGUACCUGCUAACUCUUGAAGCAACAAAUGCUUCUGUAUUCAAGUAUUAUAUUCAUGACCUUUCAGAUUUGAUUGAUUGUUGUGAUCUUGGAUAUCAUGCAAGUCUGAACAGAGCCUUAAGAACAUACCUCUCUGCAGAAUAUAACCUUGAAACCUCUCGACAUGAGGGUCUGGACAUCAUUGAGAGUGCUGUUGACAAUUUGGAGCCACGAAGUGACAAGCAGAGAUUCAUGGAGAUGUAUCCUAUAGCAUUUUGUCCUCCAUUGAGAUUUGAGUUCCAGCCCCAUAUGGGUGAUGAGGUUAGUCAGGUCAGUAUCCAGCAGCCAGUCCAGGGGGAACUGAUGCUUAGAUAUCAGCAGUUACAGUCAAGACUGGCCACAUUGAAAAUUGAAAAUGAGGAGGUUAAGAAGACAAGUGAAGCUACUUUACAGACUAUACAGGACAUGGUCACCAUUGAGGAUUAUGAUGUUUCUGAAUGCUUCCAACACAGUCGCUCAACUGAGUCCGUGAAGUCAACAGUGUCUGAGACUUAUUUGAGCAAACCUAGCAUUGCAAAGAGAAGAGCUAACCAGCAGGAGACUGAGCAGUUCUAUUUCAUGAAGUUUAGAGAGUACCUGGAGGGAAGUAAUCUCAUCACAAAGCUUCAGGCAAAACAUGAUUUACUGCAUCGAACGCUUGGAGAAGGUCAUAGAGCAGAAUACAUGACUGCAAGCCGAGGACGAAGGAACUCCCACACAAGACAUCAGGACUCUGGAAAAGUAAUUCCACUCAUAGUAGAAAGUUGUAUUCGAUUUAUCAACUUGUAUGGUCUUCAGCAUCAGGGCAUUUUCAGAGUUUCUGGCUCCCAGGUGGAAGUCAAUGAUAUUAAAAAUUCAUUUGAGAGAGGUGAAAAUCCUUUGGCUGAUGAUCAAAGUAACCAUGACAUUAACUCAGUUGCCGGAGUACUGAAACUCUAUUUCCGGGGGCUGGAGAAUCCUAUCUUUCCUAAGGAAAGAUUUAAUGAUCUUAUUUCUUGUGUCCGAAUAGAAAAUCUCUAUGAGAGGGCUCUUCACAUUCGUAAACUUCUCCUGACAUUGCCCAGAUCUGCCCUUAUAGUGCUGAGAUAUCUCUUUGCCUUUCUCAAUCACCUUUCACAGUACAGUGAUGAAAAUAUGAUGGAUCCUUACAACCUGGCAAUUUGUUUUGGCCCAACACUGAUGCCUGUCCCAGAUAUACAAGAACAGGUGUCAUGUCAGGCUCACGUGAAUGAAAUAAUCAAAACUAUCAUCAUUCAUCACGAGACUAUCUUCCCAGAUGCUAAGGAGCUUGAUGGUCCAGUUUAUGAAAAAUGUAUGGCAGGGGAUGACUACUGUGAUAGUCCGUAUAGUGAACAUGGUACUUUGGAAGAGGUGGACCUGGAUGCCAGUACAGAGCCACAUACCAGUGAGGAUGAAUGUGAACCAAUAGAAGCUAUCGCCAAGUUUGAUUAUGUAGGAAGAUCUGCACGAGAGCUGUCCUUCAAAAAAGGAGCCUCCCUGCUUUUAUAUCAUCGAGCUUCUGAUGACUGGUGGGAAGGAAGACACAAUGGGAUUGAUGGCCUUGUACCUCACCAAUACAUAGUGGUUCAGGAUAUGGAUGACACAUUCUCAGAUACACUAAGCCAGAAAGGAGAUAGUGAAGCCAGCAGUGGACCAGUUACAGAGGACAAGUCUUCAUCUAAAGAUAUGAAUUCACCAACGGAUCGUCGUCCUGAUAUCUACUUAGGAAGGCAACGCAAGAAAUCUGAACUCCCACUUCCUGGGAGACGUCCUGGGAGGACCAGUGAUGGGCAUUGUCCAGUUCAUCCACCACACAGCCUUGUUAAUUCAUCACUGGAGUUAGGUUCCCCCAGUAUGGCAAGCCACGGCACUUCCAGAGCUGUCCUUCAAAACUGCAGCCUCAAUACGGACAGCCCAGAGAGGAGGCGAAGGCCUGGCCAUGGCAGCCUGACCAAUAUUAGUAGGCAUGAGUCACUCAAGAAAAUUGAUAGCCCUCCAAUUAGGCGAUCAACAUCAUCUGGUCAGUACCCAGUUUUCAGUGACCACAAACCACUGGACCCGGAGUCAAUUGCUCAGGAUAUUGAAGAAACAAUGAACACAGCUUUGAAUGAACUCCGGGAACUAGAACGUCAGAGUUCUGCAAAGCAUGCGCCUGAUGUAGUGCUGGAUACCUUGGAACAAAUGAAAAACUCUCCUUCUAGCACCACCUCAACAGAAUCAUUGAGCCCAAUUCACAAUGUCAUGUUAAGAGGCACUGAGCCUCACAUUCGACGUAGCACUAGUUCUUCCAGUGAUACCAUGAGUACAUUCAAGCCCAUGGUGGCACCCAGGAUGGGUGUGCAGCUGAAACCACCUGCACUUAGGCCAAAACCCAUAGUUCUUCCAAAAACAAACCCAAGCAUAGGCCCUUCCUCUCCAUCCCAAGGUCCAACGGACAAGUCCUGCACCAUGUAGAAAGCAAGGAAUGUGACAAGCAUGGAAUGACCCACCAAGAGGAUGGAUUGCUGAUAGCUGUCUGUGGAUCCAUAACACCACUGUUUUAUGUUUAUAAUGGGGAAAGUUUUGCUUUUAAUGUAGCAUCUCAACCUUAAUUUAGGUGUAUAACAUGAGUUCAGUUUUUAAACUGGACAGUUCAGUUUGUCAUUUUAAAACAACAGGAAUGCAUACUUUUUACUUGAACUUUUACACCUUGUCUAAUGAAAGCACCACAGGUCACAGCCCGCACCCCACAUAGAAGAAUAAUUUAUUACUAUAGUUUUUAGACUUCUUAAGGAAUCUUAAUGACUGGGUUACUUAAAUGGGAUUCAUUAAUGAAUGUGUAUACUUUUGUGUUACUAGUUCUGAUGUGAAUCAGAAGGCUACCAUCUGGGAAUUAUUGAGUAACCUAUAGGAAGUGACUAGGGAAAGUGAAAUUGUGAUGUUUCUUUUUAAAAUAGUUAGUGAGCAUGCUGGCAGUGUUAGGACAGCACACUGACUGAAUAAGAUGGAUGCAUUUGCUUCUGACAUUGAUCUAAAUGGCAGCUCUAGAUCAGAUACGGCCUGUUGCUAGGACAAUGUGGAGUAAUAUUUAAUAGUUAUAGACUUGUGAUACUGCAAAAAAGCCAGAUUUUUCAGUCACCAAUACAUCUCAGACAGUUCACUGCAAAACUUGUUUACAGUCCCGAGCCAACUGUUUGGAUGUUUCUGCAGACUGAAAGCUGUAGCUGAACCAUUAUGUUUAACAACACAUUCCUUGAGCUGAUUGCUGUUCAGAUUUGGGAUGCAAAUGUUAAAGAUUGUGAUGCCUAUAGUUUGAAGCUGCUAGAUUCUCCUUUGCAAAAGUUUGUUUCUGGAGUUUGUUUACGAAAAUUAUUUUAUGUUUCUAAACUGGAAUAACUCUUUCUGCUGAGGCAAGAGGCUGUUCAUAGGCCUAGCUGUUGUUUUCUAUUUUACAAUCUGAAUAAAAAUUAUCAGAAUCUAUU